AUGUCCAGUUCAAGCACAGAGCUAAUGCUAGGAAUCACCAAGAAGAUGGCGAAGUGUGUUAAACCGGGGAAGUUCUGCCGUGUCAGUCCGCCUGAUGAUCUGACGCAAAGUAAAUCAAGCUUCGACUACUUGGUCGGAGCUACAACUUGGUUCGUCCGAACUAUCUUCCAGACAAGAUCAAUACUUAUGGAUAUGAAUUAA